AUGCCCUACCGUGGCUCCGAGUAUAGGCCUCCGCUGCCACCACGAAGUCCACGGCCGCCGGCAGGAACAUCAUCGCCCGCUUCCGGUCGUGGGUACUCUCCCUUCCCCCUCCAGCCUCCGGCUUCACCUUUCCAGAACCCUGGGUCUCAAGUCCCAGCUGAGGCUGGCCCCCCGGUUCCACCCCGUCCAUCGGAGUACAGCGGCGGUCCGUUUCGGCCUCCUCCCACCGGCCACUAUGGCCCAUCGCCGGCAUCGCCACCGGGAUUGGCUCCCCCCGAUGCUACUGCUCCGGGCUACAUGAGCUUCCCCCCUCCUCCUGUUUCGCCUAAUAGAAUGCAUUCCAGACCUCCUCAUAUCCGGCAUCCGGCACCUCCGUUACCUCCUCGGCCACAGUCCACCACGUCGACUCAGUCGUGUGAUGCGUAUCGGCUUCAUUCAGUAACACCGCCUGUGCCAGUCCUGACGCCGAGUGCUCAAAAUCCGGGUAGAUUAACAAGUUUCCCUCCACCUCCACCGGGACCGCCGCCAACACAGAGCCCUGAGGUCUUCAGGCCAACUCCGCAUCAACCCACUGCUCACUCACGCCCAAGUCCCGUGAACACUUCACACGGAGAGUCAAGUAGCGUUCACCGUUCCAAAUUUCCCUUGCCUCCUAGCCCUCCUGUCGACCCGGAGAUUCCCAGUUCUCCGCCGCCGGCGUAUACGCCGGUGGCGGAUCCCACCCACCUACCCACUGCUCCUUCGUCAGUGUCGCUGACAAGUUGUUCAACUAUGCCUUCUCCGGUGACUUCUCCGGUGACUUCUUCUCCGUCAAUAUCGCACCUGACCGGAUCAUCAUCACCGCCACCAACUUCUUCCUCGACCGCAUUUCACCGAGGCGCCUAUCCCUUCUCGAUUUCUUCGAUGGCACCACAGCUAGUUGCAUCUCCAGUGGCAACGCAUUUAGUGUCAUCCCCUCCUGUGGCAUCCCCUACUUCGCCUCCCACGAGUGCCUCUGUCUCAAGUCCUCAAUCUCCGCACGAGCUCUCGUUCUUCCCUGCACCUCCCCUGAUAUCACCUGCGCCUCGGCAAGAUCCAAUCGAAGAACUGAUGCAGUCCAUGGGCCUGGGUGGAGCAUCAUCGUCGGACUCGGAAGCAGCGAGUCUUCGGAACGAAGCAACACACUCAACAUCAUAUGAUGCAAGUGUGGCUACCUCAGAUGGAUUCCAGCAUAGCUCCGUUGCUCCCCUCAGGCCUCCCAAAACUCCUUUGUCAACUCCCGGUCUGUCUAGGAGCUCUUUGAUUCAUGGCUCUGCGGCUAUGACGAGUUUCGAUAAUACUAUUCCCGACAGAGAUGGCGAUGAGGCGGACGAGGAGCUAUACCCUGCUCCCAAACCCUGCUCCACAAAGCUGCCGACCUCGUUGCGCAGUCAUGACCCAUCCGCCAUACUUUCUGCCAAUAAUUCAACGCCUAUGGACGCCUCUCACAUGCACCCCGAGACCUACGUUCGCCAGGGGGUUGGCCCUGGCUUCCGUCGCGCUCAGGGUCCUCCCGAAGGUGUCGGGGCACACCAUACCGGCAAGAUGGAAACGUACAAGCCUAACGGUGGCAUCACCCCUCCAAAGUCAUCUAUGACCCCAACUUCAUGCAUUGAUACACCCGUCACAUUCGAGACGAGUUGGUAUUCUCACUCGGCAGCGCCGGACUUUUUUAUUUGCUCAAGAUGCUACGUAGACCACAUCGCGACUACCCAGUUCCGAAAUAUUUUCAGAUGUUCGACAUUCAGCGAUAACAAGCCACGGCAUUGCAGAUUCAGCGCAUCAAGGAUGAAAGACAACAUCUUCAAAACAGCGUUGGCGACCAACUACUUGCAGCCGGUCAUCGACUGGAUGCGCCUCCGAAGCACUAUCAUUGAUUGUAAAGGUAUUGAUGGUGCUAGCGGGGAUGCUGGUGUGAGAUGGUUCAAUGCAAAGCAUGAUGCCAUCCCAGGCUUUGUAGUAUGUCAAGCAUGCUAUGAAGAUUAUGCGCUAUGCAACAGUCUCUCCUCUUUCCUUCAGCCGCAUCCACAAGCCCAGGGCUCGCAGGACGUAUGGGCCUGCGACCUGGCGGUCCCUUUCAUCCAGAAGCAAUAUCAGCUGGACGGCAAGACGAAGGACUGGAACAACUUCGCUUUUGAAGCGAAGUCGCGUCUAAGCAUCCCGCGCUGCCCGCAGAAUGUCCAGAUCAAGUCCAAGGGUAAAAAGUGGUUCACACCUAUAAAUGGUCCGGCUGGUCUGGUUCUCUGCGCCGCUUGCUAUUGCGAUCAGAUAAUCCACACUGGCGAGGAGGCCAAAUGGCAAGUUGCUCAUGGCCUCGUGGAAGCUAGCGACCUCCAGGUACGUUGUGCCGUAGGUCGUUCCCUCAAUGUCAGGAUACCGCUGGCGAGAGCACGUGACAUGGACGAUUUCUCUCUUUUCUGGAACGCUGUACGCGGUCUGGAGAGCCAUGCUUUAUGCGACGAGCAAGGAAUCACGGAUGGACAGUGGUACACCUUAAAUUCCAGCCCACGCGGUUUCCAGAUCUGCGGUGCGUGUCACGCUGCUAUCGCUGAAUCUCUGAAUAUAUCACAGUUCUUUGAGCGAAAGUGCGAUGUAGCGCCGGGUACGAACUUGAGAUGCUGUUUCAAUCUCACGCAUCCGAGACUCAGGGAUUUCUUGCCCAGGCUGCUGGAGAUGUAUUUUACAGGCAGCCCAACGGCCCUGACCGAAUUCGCCAAAGUAUAUGCCCUUAUUGCACCUUGCAAGAAAUACGAUGAAAUUCAGGACGGCCACUGGUAUGGCUGGCCUGAGUGCACCAUAUGCGCUGAAUGCUACGUGGGAUUCGCGCAGCACCAAGCACUCGCAUCACAAAUGCCUCUGAAUUCCACCAUGAUGGUUGGGAACAGAACGUGUGAACUCUACUCCGAGCGCUUGCGGGGGCUCUAUACGUCGUGUUCGGAGAAGUCGCCGCCCGAUGCCACUGAACUGUUGAACUUUGCCCAGCAUCGACGGCAGGUCUACGCCCAAACUGUGCCACAGAUGCGCAUGCUUGUGUUCCAGCAACGCCAGGCGGCAAGCCAACAGAAUAUGCUAAAUACGCUCAGUAUGUUCCACAACAACGCCGGCACACUGCAGCAGAUAAAUAGCCGUGGCCCUUUGGCGUAUACUUAUAACGUCCCGGGUCAUUGGGGCGGGUACGGGUACGCAAACUUGGAUCUCGCUCAAGGCGCCGCCGCUGGUCAGCAAGCUAUGGGCGUCUUGAUGGGCGCUCAGGGCCUGGUAAGUCAGUGUGCCAUGUUAGAGCAGCAGUGGAAGGCCGUGGAGUAG